AUGGAUGGCUCUGUACCUAAAAUUGACUCACUUUACAAUAUAGCAUUAAAUCAGACAUGCCAAUCCAUAACCAAAGAUUCUCUGGUAACAACGUUGAAUUCUUUACACCCAAGGAUCGGUUUACAAAUCAUAUGGAAGAUCUUGCAUGUAAAUAAUGAUGACAAAGAUUAUGAGUACAAUUAUUCAAUUCUAAAUGAGGAACUGUAUUCAGAUGAAUUGGAUUCAAUUUACCGAGGAUAUUGUCUUGCUCAUUUGACGCAUAACAAUAAAACUAUCGGUCGUAACUACUUCGGUAGUGAAAUUUUUAUGGAGAAUGUUCUUUCACAAUUUGCCACAAUUCAACAAACUAAAUUUGUUGAUCAUUUCAAUUUUUCUGAUCACUUUGACUUGGAAUUAUUAUUUAAAUUAUUGGAUGUCACUAGUUCUCGAGGACAACUGUUUACAAUAUUUCAGAUUUGUGUACAAAUUAAAGGAAUACAAUUUCCAAUGAAUUUAUCAAAUGAGUGGAUACAAUUUCCAAUAAAUGAUAAAAGUCAGCAAAUAAUUUCUCGUCAUAUUGAUCAAGGAAUAAAAUUUGGAGUUUUUCUCAGUGAUUCUGGCUGGCUUUAUGAAUGCGCUAAUGUCUUAUUACAUACAUUUACAAUAAUUACCACAUUAUGGCAGUGUGUUGAUCGAAAUUUAGAGCUACUCAAAACUAUUCAAUGCCUGUCCAAGUGGUUAUUAGCGUUAUCCAAGCUCCAUGAAUUUGAUGAAGCUAUAAAAGUUUUAAAACAUACACUUCACAUUAUUAACUUGAUAGAAAUGAUAGAAAAAAGAUCAUUUAGUAUAGCAAAUGCAUGUGUGGCUGUUUCACAGUACUACUAUUUAAUAUUGGAAUAUGAUACGGCUUGGUUAUGGGCAGUAAAAUCAGUUCAUGAACUUAGAGAUACGAAUAAUAAUGUCUUGAAACUAUCUGUAAUAAGUCAUGCUAUUAAAAUUUCUUCUGUUUUAAACAAAUUUGGUACAGCAAAAAAAUUAAUAAAUCAAUUGCGCACAUACAACACAGAAAUUUGUAAUCACAUUCACGUUGAUAUGUUAUUGAAUGAAGCAGUUUACUCAAUGAAAACAGAACAAGAAAAAGAAUGUAGAAAAAAUUACUUUAUUGCGUUAGAUACUACACGAAAUUUAUUUGGUUAUCAUAAUUUGCAUACUGCAUUUAUUUUGACUGAGUAUGCAUAUUCUCGGUAUAAAUCGUUUAAUUCAAUAGAAGACUAUGAAGAAUCCAUGCAAAUCAUAUUCCAAAUCAGAUCUAUUUUGAAAACAUUGGGUAUAUCAAGUAACCAUUUGUUGUUUAUGUAUACAUUACAGUUGCAAUCAUUAAUCACAAAAAAAACAUUGUCAUUCAUGAUUAACUUAGUACCAAAUUAUCAUUUUACGUUUACAUUAGGUUUCAAUAAGGAAGUACUAAAGAAGAAAAUUUUAAAAAAAUUUCAUGUUCUCCAUUUAAGAGUAUUAAGUCUUACUAUAGAUGUAGUUGGACUUAAAUCCAUGCUUACAGCAAAAUCAUACAGUAUUCUUGGUGAUAUUUAUAAAACUCAGAAAAAAUAUAAGAAAUCUGAAAAAAUGUAUUUAAAAGCUAUUGAAAUCAAAAAAUCAAUUUUGGAUGAAAACAACGCUGAAAUUGCUCUAUCUUAUCGUGACUUAGGUCGUUUGAACUUGAAAAGAUCAAACAAAUUAAAAAAAUUUAUGGCUUCACGUAAAAUUUGGUUACAUAAGGUGCUUACUGAAGUUGAUGAAGAUCUUUUAGAACAUGGUUUAAGUGUUGAAAAUUUUAAAUCAAUAGUGAUUGAUAGCAGUUGUGACAAUAAUUUAAUUGAAAUCUAA